GGAAAAAAAAAAAAAAAGCUCGGGGAGAGUGCGGGAAGGCGAGGAGCAGAGAAAAAUCUCUCGGCCACUCCGCUGCCUUCCCAGAGCCCAAAGCGAACUGAAGGAAGUUUAUUUUUGUUUUGUUUUGUUUUUUGUUUUUGCUGCGCGCCUUGAUCUCUCUCCAGCAUUGUUAUCCGCGACCCGCUUCUGCCGAGCCCCCUACCCCCUCCCCGUGCAGCCCCGGCAAAGCCAGAGCAGAGACAGUGAUUUUUUUGGUGAAUACUUUUUAUUAUUAUUAUUUGCAACUGCGAGGUCUUUCCCCCUCUCCUCCUUCUGCUUCUCCCCCCCUCCCCCCUUUUUUUUUCCGGCGCGCCGAUGCCGAGGGGGGUGUUUUUGAUGUGGUCGCUUUGGUGGUGAUUGUCGCUGACUUUCCAGAGAGGGUUUUUUGCCGCCGCUGCUGCUGCUGGCUGCUGCUUCUCCUCCGUGUUGUGUGCUUUUGGUCGCUGCGCCGAGAGUGGGAAGAUGCUUCUGGAUGCUGGACCGCAGUAUCCCGCCAUAGGAGUCACUACCUUCGGAUCGUCUCGCCACCACUCCACGGGCGAUGUGACGGACAGAGAAGUGGGGCUGGGGAUCAACCCCUUCGCCGAUGGCAUGGGCGCCUUUAAAAUUAACCCCAGCACCCACGAGUUGGCCUCGGCCGGCCAGACCGCCUUCACCUCGCAGGCGCCCGGCUACGCGGCGGCGGCGCUGGGGCACCACCAUCACCCGACCCAUGUCAGCUCCUACUCCAGCGCAGCCUUCAACUCCACCCGGGACUUUCUGUUCCGCAACCGGGGCUUCGGCGAGGCGGCCGCGGCCAGCGCCCAGCACAGCCUCUUCGCCUCCGCCGCCGGCAGCUUCGCCGGACCCCACGGCCACACCGAUGCCGCGGGACACAUCCUUUUCCCGGGGCUGCACGAGCAAGCCACGAGCCACGCGUCUCCCAACGUGGUGAACGGGCAGAUGCGCCUGGGCUUCUCCGGAGACAUGUACGGGAGACCCGAUCAGUACGGCCAGGUCACGAGCCCCCGAUCCGAGCACUAUGCAUCGACCCAGCUGCACGGCUAUGGCCACAUGAACAUGAACAUGGCAGCCCACCAUGGGGCAGGGGCCUUCUUCCGCUACAUGAGGCAGCCCAUCAAACAGGAACUCAUCUGUAAGUGGAUUGAGCCCGAGCAAUUGUCAAACCCCAAAAAGUCCUGCAACAAAACUUUCAGCACGAUGCACGAGCUGGUGACUCAUGUCACCGUGGAGCACGUUGGAGGACCCGAGCAGUCCAAUCACAUCUGUUUCUGGGAAGAGUGUCCGCGAGAGGGGAAGCCUUUCAAGGCCAAAUAUAAACUUGUAAAUCACAUCCGAGUCCACACAGGUGAAAAGCCCUUCCCUUGCCCGUUCCCAGGCUGUGGGAAAGUGUUUGCCAGAUCAGAGAACCUCAAAAUACACAAAAGAACUCACACAGGUGAAAAGCCAUUUAAGUGUGAAUUCGAGGGCUGUGACAGGCGCUUUGCAAACAGCAGCGACCGUAAAAAGCAUAUGCAUGUGCACACUUCUGACAAACCGUAUCUCUGCAAAAUGUGCGAUAAAUCCUACACGCACCCCAGCUCCCUCAGAAAACACAUGAAGGUCCAUGAGUCAUCCUCCCAGGGGUCCCAGCCUUCUCCCGCUGCCAGUUCAGGCUACGAAUCCUCGACCCCCCCAACAAUCGUGUCUCCAUCUACAGAAAACCAGACCACAAGCUCCUUAUCCCCCUCUUCCUCAGCAGUCCAUCACACGUCCAGCCACAGCACGCUUACAUCAAAUUUUAACGAAUGGUACGUUUAAAACCCAAUACAAACAAAAGAAUUUUAAAAUCCCACAGAAAUAACAACCAACCAACCCUAUUUAAAAGACUCCAAAAUUAACGAACACUUUGAAAUCAAAAUUAAUAAAAAAAAAAA